CCUGGGAAGGGGGCCAUGAGCUGCCCAUGGUGCUUAGGGGCCCUCACAGGACCACCCUUCCCCUGGGCUCUGGGGAGGCGGGGGCCAGAACUGGGUCAAAGCCUAGGCCCCUGGUCGCUGACGUCUCCCCUUGGCGGGCAGGGGAGGGGCUCCCGUGGAGGCGCAGCCAGGCCGGCCCUUACACGACCUGGAGGCCCCCGUUGCUCCAGCGAGACCAUGAGGGGCCCUCCUUGGUCGCUGCCAUCCCUGCCGCUGGCUCUCGCAGCCCACGGGGCGGCAGGGGACACGCCCACCUACCCGUGGCGGGACCUGGAGGCAGGGGAGUGGCUGGUGUGCAGCCAGUGACCCCCAGGCACCUUCAAGCAGCAGCCUGAAGACCGGGACAGCCCCACGACGUGCGGCGCGUGCCCGCCCCGCCUAACAUAAUUUUGGAACUACGGGGAGCGCUGCCACUACUGCAACGUCAUCUGCAUGGCGCGUGGGGAGGCGGCGUGGCCGUGCAGGGCCACCCAUAACCACGCCUGCCACUGUCGCCCCGGCUUCUUCGCACACGGCAGCUUCUGCCUGGAGCACACAACCUGCCUGCCCGGCGUCGGCAUGGCUGCCCCCGCUGGCACCCGCAGCCAGAGCACGCAGUGCCAGCCGUGUCUGGGCACUUUCUCAGCCAGUAGCUCGAGCUUGGAGCAGUGCCAGCUGCACCGCAACUGCAGCCUGGGUCCAGCCUUCAACGUGCCGGACUCCUCCUCCCACGAGUCCCUGUGCACCAACUGCAUGAGCUUCCCACUCGGCUCCAGCAAGCUGGGGGCGCCGGGGACCAGGGAGUGCGAGCGGGCCCUUGUCGACUUCGUGGCUUUCCAGGAUCUCUCCGCCCAGAGGCUCCUGUGGCUGCAGCAGGUCCUGACCAGCCUAGGCACGGACCCGCCAACGCCACUGCCGCCAGUGGCGAGGGCAGGCUGCACGGCCCUGCGGCUGAGCUGGCGGCAGCUCACGGAGCUCCGUGAAGCGCCGGCCAGGCUGCCCGGGCUGGAGCGCAGCAUCCACAGGCGCUUCCUCCAGGCGCCCUGAGCGCCCUCCCGUCAUUUAUCCACUCCCGGCCUGGGCCCCC